CGUCCAUUGAGAAGUUGAUCGCAGAACGCCGUUCGCAGUCACGAAGUUUCAUUCCUACACAUUCGCCGGACUUACUCGGAAUAACUCCAGACCGUGCAACAUGCCUGCCGAGAAGGUUGUGGACAAGGCCCGUGAGGCAAGAAUGGAGAGCCGUAAGUCUUCCAAGCCGAUCAUGGAGAAGAGACGCCGCGCUCGUAUCAACGAGAGCCUGACAGAGCUGAAGACCCUCAUCCUUGAAGCCCUGAACAAAGAUAGCUCCCGUCACUCGAAGCUGGAGAAGGCUGACAUCUUGGAGAUGACUGUCAAGCAUCUUCGCAACCUCCAGAGGCAGCAGAUGGCGGCUGCAGUCUCCACCGACCCUUCACUGCUGGGCAAGUACCGAUCCGGAUUCACCGAGUGCAUGACCGAGGUGUCCCGCGUCAUGGGCUCCAUGGACGGCGUCGACUCCCAGGUGAAACAGCGUCUCAUCAACCACCUGGCGACUCACCAGCCAGCCACCAACGUCAUGACGUCCGGGCUGUACGCAGGGGUUCACCCGUCGGCGUUCCCGCACGUCCAGCCCGUACAAGUGCAGGUGCCAGCCUCCGCGUCGGUCCCCAUGCAGAGGGUGCAGCUGUCCCCGGCUCAGGGCGCGUACCCCCAGGCCAUCCAGACGACCAUGUACGGCGGGAUUCCCGUGGUGCCCGGCCACUUCGUCGGCGGAGAGCCGGUGGCGGUGCUCCUGCCGGGCGGGCAGACCAUCGUCCAGACCAACGGACAACAGCAACAAGUCGUUCCCGUGCAGUACACAAACACUACCGUCGUGUCAGCCGCGCAACCACAACCACAAGGACUUUCCUCAGUCUCUGUCUCCUCUCCAAACGGACUCAGUCAAACCGUGGUGCCCAGCCACCCCGUCCCCACACAGGCAGCCGCAGUACCCACCAAGGCGGCCGUGUCACCCGCGCCUAUCCCUGAAGAGAAGAUGUGGAGGCCGUGGUGAAAAACGAACUGAAAAGACUUGAUGUUGUACAUUCCACUGUUACAUGUACUGAAAUCUGAACAUCAGUUAUUGUACAAAUGAUUUUAUCAUGUAUAUACAGAAAACAAUGAAUUGAGAGAAAUUAAUGAGAUUGCAGAUAUAUUUUAUAUUAUAUAUGGCAGUAUGUUAAACAUACGAAGUUUCUAUGUGUAUAUGUGUUGGUCUUUUUGAUACCGUGGUAUUAAAAUGGGAUGAAAUGAA